AUAACAACCAGCUCUGGCAGUGAGUUCCUUCUCCAGGCUGACAAUUACCACACUAUUUCUAAAUGGCAUGAUGCUAUUAAAAGGACAACUGACAACUUGGUAAGCAGUUUGCUGUUUCCUAUAGACGGUGAAUCUGAAGUUAUAACAUUUCUGAAGUCUUUAUGAUUUUGCACAUUGAAAUGAUGACUAUAAAUCAUUCAGAACAUUGUUUAGUCAUACCAUGCUACCCAAAAUGAAAGUAAAACAAUUCCAUAAAUCAUUGACUCAAGUUUGAUUUAAUGUUCCACGUUGUGCAGAUAAUCACAUUGACAUGCUUUACUGAAUGAUGAGUGAUAAUAAUGAGAUACGCAGCCAGUGACCUUUGUACUGAAAUGUUUUAACCUCCUUUCUGUUAUAGUCUAAAGGAGCUGCAGGGAAGGCCUCUGAUAGGCCUGGCAUACGGAGGGCAAACAGCACAGAGUACCUACCCAGACAUGGGUUGCCUAGCAAGACACUGUCACUGCCAAGACCUGCACCUGAGUCCCCCUGCACAAAGGAACCCAAACCUGAACACAGACGCUCACACAGUAAGUUGUCUCUAAUGACUAGCUAUUUCUACUACGGGUUGCUUUAUUCAAAACAGUUAUUGACGUGGUAGUAGCUUGAACUCGCUGAUUAAAAGCUGUCUCUUAUCUGUAAUACUGUAGGUAUUUAAUGACUCAAAUAACGUUUUCUAAGGUAGUGGUUGUUCAUAUAUUUGCAUAAUAUACAGUGCCUUCGAAGAAUAUUCAGACCCCUUGACUUUUUCCAUGUUUGGUUACGUUACAGCCUUAUUCUCAAAUUGAUGAAAUAGUUUUUUCCCUCACCAAUCUACACACAAUACCCCAUAAUGACAAAGCAAAAACAGGUUUUUAGAAAUUGUAUAAAAAAAAUUACAAUAACUGAAAUAUCACAUUUACAUAAGUAUUCAGACCCUUUACUCAGUACUUUGUUGAAUCACCUUUGGAAGCGAUUACAACCUCAAGUCUUCUUGGGUAUGGCGCUACAAGCUUGGCACACCUGUAUUUGGGAAGUUUCUCCCAUUCUUCUCUGCAGAUCCUCUCAAGUUCUGUCAGGAUGGAUGAGGAGCGUCGCUGCACAGCUAUUUUCAGGUCUCUCCAGAGAUGUUCGAUCGGGUUCAAGUCCGGGCUCUGGCUGGGCCACUCAAGGACAUUCAAAGACUUGUCCCGAAGCCACUCCUGCGUUGUCUUGGCUGUGUGCUUAGGGUCGUUUUCCUGUUGGAACCUUCGCCCCAUUCUGAAGUCCUGAGCGCUCUGGAGAAGGUUUUUAUCAAGGAUCUCUCUGUUCUUUGCUCUGUUCAUCUUUGCCUUGAUCCUGACUAGUCUCCCAGUCCCUGCCGCUGAAAAACAUCCCCAAAGCAUGAUGCUGCCACCACCAUGUUUCACCUUAGGGAUGGUGCCAGAUUUCCUCCAGACGUGACGCUUGGCAUUCAGGUCAAAGAGUUCAAUCUUGGUUUCAUCAGACCAGAAAAUCUUGUUUCUCAUGGUCUGAGAUUCUUUAGGGGACUUUUGGCAAACUCCAAGCGGGCUGUCAUGUGCCUGUUUCUGAGGAGUGGCUUCCGUCUGGCCACAUAAAGGCCUGAUUGGUGGAGUGCUGCAGAGAUGGUUGUCCUUCUGGAAGGUUCUCCCAUCUCCACAGAGGAACUCCAGAGCUCUGUCAGAGUGACCAUCAGGUUCAUGGUCACCUCCCUGACCAAGGCCCUUCUCCCCUGAUUGCUCAGUUUGGCCGGGCGGCCAGCUCUAGGACGAGUCUUGGUGGUUCCAAACUUCUUCCAUUUAAGAAUGAUGGAGGCCACUGUGUUCUUGGGGACCUUCAAUGCUGCAGACAUGUUUUGGUACCCUUCCCCAGAUCUGUGCCUCGAAACAAUCCUGUCUCGGAGCUCUACAGACAAUUCCUUUGACCUCAUUACAUUUACAUUACAUUUUAGUCAUUUAGCAGACGCUCUCAUGGCUUGGUUUUUGCUCUGACAUGCACUGUCCACUGUGGGACCUUAUAUAGACAGGUGUGUGCAUUUCCAAAUCAUGUCCAAUCAAUUGAAUUUACCACAUGUGGACUCCAAUCAAGUUGUAGAAACAUCUCAAGGAUGAUCAAUGGAAACAGGAUGCACCUGAGCUCAAUUUCGAGUCUCAUAGCAAAGGGUCUGAAUACUUAUGUAAAUAAGGUAUUUUUGUUUUUUAUGGUUAAUACAUUUACAAAAAUGUCUAAAACUUUUAUUUAUUUAAUCCAUUUUAGAAUAAGGCUGUAACGUAACAAAAUGUGGAAAAGUCAAGGGGUCUGAAUACUUUCCGAAGGCGCUGUAUGUGUUUUAAUUUUCCUUACCCACCAACGUGAUAGGGUCUGACAGCCUCCCUGAUUUUCAGUGACACAUAUUGUGUUUUUUGAGAUGUGCCCAAAAUGUGUGCGGCAUCUAUUCAUUUAGAAGAUUACUCUUGUAGGAACAUGACACAAGAACAUGCUAAUUACCAUUUUGUCAGCAUAUGUCAAGUAGCAAUUAUGGUAAUCCCUAUUAAUGGUUCAAAUCAAUCUCGUCACCUUAAGCACUGCGAGAGGAAUAUAUUGAUGUUGGAUGAUCAUAUUAAAAUAUCUCAAUAGGGACCAGGGACACAGAGGUCCAGUAUAUUAUUGGUAUACUGAGCUGCUUGAACCUUUGAUUGUUGCUUUGAUUGUAGUUAUGUUCAUGUUAAUUUAUGCCCAUGAAAAAGACAGUCCUGGAGCGCAUCACAGAUAGCAAUUAUUUCCACUGUAGUUGCUACUGUAUGUUUUCAGAAAAUUAGAAACAAUCACCUGACAACAAUAUUAUUUGCUUUGCAUCUCUGUGUACCCCAAAUGUACUGUAAGACAUAUCUCAAACGUGUUUCUUGGAUGACAAAGCUAGUCCAUAGACAAAGCUAGUCCAUAGACAAAGCUAGUCCAUAGACAAAAUAGGUCAUUUGAAUUAAUUAGGGAAGAGCAGUGUUUGUUUUUAUUACAUUGACAAGCAGGGCCUGGACUUUCAAAAACAGCAGGAAUUCCUUUAGACACGGAAAAGUUCAAUUGGAGUGAAUACUAGUAAAAGACAGCCAUGGGAGAGAUUCAUUUAUAAAUAACAGUGGGAAUAUAAGGAGAGAGGAAGAGUGAGGGUCAGGUAGAGAGAUGAGGCGAACAAUAAUAUCAACCUCCACUUUGCUAGUUGAACAACCAGGCCCUAGGCUAUAGCAUUGCAGAGGCAUAUACGCCUACUGAUCCUUUCUAAAGACAAACGUAAACGUUGUAGCUUUCCCUUUCACUUCAUUUAACCGUGUGUCUCUUUCUCUGUGUGUUCCUGACAAGUGUUCAAGUCUUCCAAGCUCAACUAUAGCAUGUCGGACAGUGCUGAUAAGAAUGGGGUGAAGAACAGACUCAAAAAGUUCAUCACAAGACGGCCCUCUAUGAAGACUCUACAGGAGAAAGGCAUCAUCAAAGGUAUCAGAGUAUUCUGCCAGGAUACAUUGAUUCUUUUCCACCACACCACACAUUUUGAGAGGAACAUAAAUCUUUCAAAAUGUAUUACACAUUGUAUUGUAUCUUCUUUCAAUUUGGACAACCCUUCAAUGAGGAAGAGUUGACGUAACUGUAGCUGUGCAUUCUAUAGAAUAAGUAAUGACGACACCAUUUUGUAUACAUCUGGCCCUUCAUUGGACACUGUGUUAACAUACCUCCAAACGAGCUUCAAUGCCAUACAACACUCCUUCUGUAGCCUCCAACUGCUCUUAAACGCUAGUAAAACUAAAUGCAUGCUCUUCAAUCGAACGCUGCUUGCACCCGCUGGCCUGACUAGAAUCACUACUCUCGGCGGGUCUGACUUAGAAUAUGUGGACAACUACAAAUACCUAGGUGUCUUGUUAGACUCCUUCCAGACUCACAUUGAGCAUCUCAAAUCCAAAUUUAAAUCUAGAAUCGGCUUCCUAUUUCGCAACAAAGCUUCCUUCACUCAUGCUGCCAAACAUGCCCUCGUCAAACUGACUAUCCUACCGAUCCUUGACUUUGGCGAUGUAAUUUACAAAAUAGCCUCCAACACUCUACUCAGCAAAUUGGAUGUAGUCUAUCACAGUGCCAUCCGCUUUGUCACCAAAGCCCCAUAUACUACCCACCAUUGUGACCUGUACGCUCUCGUUGGCUGGCCCUCACUACAUAUUCGUCGCCAAACCCACUGGCUCCAGGUCAUCUAUAAAUCACAGCUAGGCAAAUCCCCGCCUUAUCUUAGCUCAUUGGUCACCAUAGCAACACCCACCCGUAGUCUGCGCUUCAGCAGGUAUACAGUGGGGAAAAAAUGUAUUUAGUCAGCCACCAAUUGUGCAAGUUCUCCCACUUAAAAAGAUGAGAGAGGCCUGUAAUUUUCAUCAUAGGUACACGUCAACUAUGAAAGACAAAUUGAGAGAAAAAAAUCCAGAAAAUCACAUUGUAGGGUUUUUAAUGAAUUUAUUAGCAGAUUAUGGUGGAAAAUAAGUAUUUGGUCACCUACAAACAAGCAAGAUUUCUGGCUCUCACAGACCUGUAACGUCUUCUUUAAGAGGCUCCUCUGUCCUCCACUCGUUAUCUGUAUUAAUGGCACCUGUUUGAACUUGUUAUCAGUAUAAAAGACACCUGUCCACAACCUCAAACAGUCACACUCCAAACUCCACUAUGGCCAAGACCAAAGAGCUGUCAAAGGACACCAGAAACAAAAUUGUAGACCUGCACCAGGCUGGGAAGACUGAAUCUGCAAUAGGUAAGCAGCUUGGUUUGAAGAAAUCAACUGUGGGAGCAAUUAUUAGGAAAUGGAAGACAUACAAGACCACUGAUAAUCUCCCUCGAUCUGGGGCUCCACGCAAGAUCUCACCCCGUGGGGUCAAAAUUAUCACAAGAAUGGUUAGCAAAAAUCCCAGAACCACACGGGGGGAGCUAGUGAAUGACCUGCAGAGAGCUGGGACCAAAGUAACAAAGCCUACCAUCAGUAACACACUACGCCGCCAGGGACUCAAAUCCUGCAGUGCCAGACGUGUCCCCCUGCUUAAGCCAGUACAUGUCCAGGCCCGUCUGAAGUUUGCUAGAGUGCAUUUGGAUGAUCCAGAAGAGGAUUGGGAGAAUGUCAUAUGGUCAGAUGAAACCAAAAUAGUAAAAACUCAACUCGUCGUGUUUGGAGGACAAAGAAUGCUGAGUUGCAUCCAAAGAACACCAAACCUACUGUGAAGCAUGGGGGUGGAAACAUCAUGCUUUGGGGCUGUUUUUCUGCAAAGGGACCAGGACGACUGAUCUGUGUAAAUGAAAGAAUGAAUGGGGCCAUGUAUCGUGAGAUUUUGAGUGAAAACCUCCUUCCAUCAGCAAGGGCAUUGAAGAUAUAACGUGGCUGGGUCUUUCAGCAUGACAAUGAUCCCAAACACACCGCCCGGGCAACGAAGGAGUGGCUUCGUAAGAAGCAUUUCAAGGUCCUGGAGUGGCCUAGCCAGUCUCCAGAUCUCAACCCAAUAGAAAAUAUUUGGAGGGAGUUGAAAGUCCGUGUUGCCCAGCGACAGCCCCAAAACAUCACUGCUCUAGAGGAGAUCUGCAUGGAGGAAUGGGCCAAAAUACCAGCAACAGUGUGUGAAAACCUUGUGAAGACUUACAGAAAACGUUUGACCUGUGUCAUUGCCAACAAAGGGUAUAUAACAAAGUAUUGAGAAACUUUUGUUAUUGACCAAAUACUUAUUUUCCACCAUAAUUUGCAAAUAAAUUCAUUAAAAAUCUUACAAUGUGAUUUUCUGUUUUUUUUUUUCUCAUUUUGUCUUUCAUAGUUGACGUGUACCUAUGAUGAAAAUUACAGGCCUCUCUCAUCUUUUUAAGUGGGAGAACUUGCACAAUUGGUGGCUGACUAAAUACUUUUUCCCCCACUGUAUCUCACUGGUCAUCUCCAAAGCCAACACCUCCUUUGGCCGCCAUUCCUUCCAGUUCUCUGCUGCCAAUGACUGGAACGAAGUGCAAAAAUCUCUGAAGCUGGAGACUCUUAUCUCCCUCACUAACUUUAAGCAUCAGUUGUCAGAGCAACUUACCGAUUACUGCAUCUGUACACAGCUCUGUAAUUAGCCCACCCAACUACCUCAUCCCCAUAUUGUUAUUUACAUUGUUAUUUAUUUUGCUCAUUUGCACCCCAGUAUCUCUAUUUGCACAUCAUCUUCUGCACAUCUAUCACUCCAGUGUUAAUACUAAAUUUUAUUUAUUUUGCACUAUGGCCUAUUUAUUGCCUUACCUCCAUAACUUACUACAUUUGCACACACUGUAUAUAGAUUUUCUAUUGUGUUAUUGACUGUACGUUUGGUUUAUUCCAUAUGUAACUCGCACUGCUUUGCUUUAUCUUGGCCAGGUCACAGUUGUAAAUGAGAACUUGUUCUCAACUGGCUUACCUGGUUAAAUAAAGGUGAAAUAUAUAUAUAUAUAUAUAUAUAUAUAUAUAUAUAUAUAUAUAUUUAUGAUAGUGAGUCUCCCCGUUUAUUAGGAGUCAAAGUACAACAGAGAUUGAUAAAAUUAUACUGAAUUAUUUUACUUGAAAAAAAAAUUACACCAUUAAAGGCAUUAUUUAAGCACAUUUGCGAUCCUUAGAAGAAGGUAACAGUAUUUGGAAUUUCCCCCAGUUUCAAGGAGACCCUUUAAUGUUGUGUCCACGGGACAAAUGCUCGAUCAAAGGGAGAGGACAUUAUUGACGGAAUAAUUGAAAUAAUUGGGGCAGGUGGCCCUCAGACUGUCCUUUUUGGCAGGGCUGGAGGGAAAGCCACUUCAGAGAGUGUGUUUCCUCAAAUCAGGCCCCCCUCCCACCCCCCUCUUUCCUAUUGUACUUCAGAAUGCAAAUUAAAUCCAUGCAAAGCAAGGGCUAUUUGAAUUCCUUUAGGAGGGGUAAUUUUGCUCCAAUUCUCUGGCCCCUCCCCCUCCCCCUCCCCCUCCCCCUCGUAAUUUCCCUUGCUUAUCCGCUGAGCGCUGGGAAGUGGAUUUUGUAUGCAAAGGUGCCUUGCUCGCAGUCAUUUCUGUAUUUGGUGAACCCUCACCUUCCCUCAAGUGUAUAAACAAGAGAGGGUGAUCUUUGAUGUUGCACAGUGCUAGAGAGACAGCACUGUUCCAGAACACCCAUACUGUGACAUAAUUCAGUUGAUGAGUGAAAGAGUGUACCCCUGCACAGUCAGUUUGAAUACCAGUCAGUUUGAAUACCAGUCUAUGUUUGAUGAGUAAUGCUUUGCUAACCUUAUAUGGCGUCUACUGGAGAUUAACUGACCAAAGUUAGUGACCACAAAAGCCUGAGUAUAUUGCCAGUAGGGACAGGUUAAGUGAGGGACUUCUCAGUAGAUUUGAAUGGACAAAAGCAGCGUAAUGAAGCAACGGGAAUGUUCGUAUACAGUAAGGCAAGAGAAUGUGGUCUCCCUCUCCCUCUGAUUGGAGCAAAGAGAAUGUGGUCCCCCUCUCCCUCUGAUUGGAGCAAAGAGAAUGUGGUCCCCCUCUCCCUCUGAUUGGAGCAAAGCCGCCUGGGAGACUCAGGGUUCAUGGGAAAAUGUUUUACUUAGCGAUAAAAUGCUGUGUGUGGUUAACCAUUUGAUUGAUGAUCCUUUACCAGUGGAGCCUUGGAGCCCAUGUACUGUUAGCAGCACUGUUCUGGAAACAGCCAUCAGAGGAGAACAGGGGCAGUAGGAGUCAAGAGCAAUGAGUGUUACUACUUGUGCUAUGAGUUAAUGACCUAUCCCUCAACCUAAUGAUGAUCAAUGGGCUGUUGCAGGUGUGAAUGGAAAUGACUUAUUAAACAGAUACUCUACCGUUCCGCCAAGUUCCUCCUCUGUGCAUUUAAAGAUGGGCUCCCGAGUGGCGCAGCGGUCUAAGGCACUGCAUCUCAGUGCUCGAGGCGUCACUACAGACCCCCUGGUUCAAUUCCAGGCUGUAUCACAACCGUCGUCGUCCGGAUUUGGCCGGUGUAGGCCGUCAUUGUAAAUAAUAAUUUGUUCUUACCUGACUUGCCUCGUUAAAUAAAGGUAAAAUACAUAAAUAAAGAUCUGAAAAAAACACAGUUCAGCACAAUUAAAUGCAGAAGCUGUUCUCGUUGAUGGUGACUGUUAUCGCUAAUUUCAAUACUUUUUACACUGUAGCUCUAAUUCAGCAGUUCUGGGGAAUGAUGUUUUUUCCUGAAUAAACCAUGUGUUUUUUCCUCACAGAUCAAGUGUUUGGGUGUCACUUAUUGGCACUUUGCGAGAGGGAAGGGACCACUGUGCCAAAUUUCGUUAGGCAGUGUGUGGAGGCCGUCGAAAAAAGAGGUAUGUACUUUUCUGAAAAAGGUGUUGAAAGUAAUCUUUGAUACUUUGUGUAUGGGAAAGAAAUCAACUAUUCACACACACACACACACACACACACACACACACACAUACUCACACACACACACACACACACACACACACACAUACUCACACACACACACACACACACACACACACACACACACACACACACACACACACACACACACACACACACACACACACACACACACACACACUCACACACUCAUACUCACACACACACAUACUCACUCACACACACACACACACACAUACUCACACACACACACUCAUACUCACACACACUCAUACUCACACACACACACACACACACACACAUACUCACACACACACACACACUCACACACACACACACACACACACACUCACACACACACACACACACACACACACACACACACACACACACUCACACACACACACUCAUACACACACACACACAUACUCACACACAUACUCACACACACACACACACAUACUCACACACAUACUCACACACACACACACACACACACACACACACACACACACACACACACACACACACACAUACUCACACACACGGCCAGCCCGCUCAUUAGGCAGGAUUAGUCAGCUGCCUAUGGCGGCAGAUUGACGAGGGCGGCGUUUCGUGAGCUAAACUGACCAAGACCCACCUCCAACAACGACAUAUAAAACCUCACUUAAUUCUGCCCAAAAACAAUGACAAUUCCUCUUAACCAGUGGCAUAUGGGCUUUUUAGGUGAGCGCUGAUGCCACCUUUUGAUAAGCAGUGGCCACUUUGUCAAAGGCAGAGGCGCAAAAUAUUUUGCUUGUCCUUUCCAAGCCGCCUCUCCAGAGUGCUGUUGGAGAGACGCAUCUCUGCAGCGCUCCACCAACGUUCCGUCAAUUUUCUUUACAUAAAUCAUGUAGCAGAUACAGGAUUUGGUAGAAUGAGUAUGUGGCCUUUUCUGUAGCCUACAGGCUGGAGAUAAAAUGUAUGACAAAGUAAUGAGACGGACGCUUUUUACAUCAUGCAGGUUUCUCCGUUCAAAUAGCCUAACAUAAAUGACGCUCAAUCAAAUACAAAAUUAGCUAUCAUGCUAACAACCAACAUAUCCUAAAAAAAGGACAGGUCAAUAUGGAAUGGACAAUCACAACUUGUCCAGGAGUUUCACCCCAUUGUCAUGAUCAGUGGUUUCAAGUUUAUAUCCAUAAAGUUUUGACAAGCUGAUCAUAGCGAAAAAUAAAAUACUUCUGCAUAUAUCGCUGUGUAAACACAUUGCAAAUAGGCUCAGGAUAACUCCUGAUGAAGUUGGGUAGUUGAGUUUCAAAGCUUAAAUAGACAAAUUGAUUAGUCAGGAAUCAGGACUAGUAAAGCCAAUGCAACGGUCUGUUUUACAAAUGGUGGGCCUACCACAUGGAUGGGCAUUCAUACAAUUCAGUUGAGGGCUGACAUGGUAGGCUACACCCCAGUAAGCAGAGUCGACGUCUUUUGUUGGUCCUGUCCGGAUGUUGUUCUUUGGUGUUUUACAAACAGCAGGCUUACCACAUAGAUGGGUAUUCACAAAAUUCAAUUUCAGACAACACUGUAGGCUAGACCUCAGUAAGCACGGACUGACGCCGACGCCUUUUGGAUGUCUUUUUUUGGUGCAGUUCCGAAGCAGUCAUAGACGUCUAUGUUUGGUUCAGAUUUUGUCCGGUCCAGACCGGCCUUGAUUUCAACGUCCACGGACAUAGAUUUUUGGUCUGGUCUGGACCAAAUCUGAACCAAUCAUAGACGUCUAUGUUUGGUUCAGAUUUUGUCCGUUCUGGACCAGCCUUGAUUUGGCCCAAACAUAAACGUCUAUAAAUGACUUAUUUUCAGCUUUCAUUCAGAACCCAAAAUGUGCCUGAUUUCAACAUUCGGAAAAUACAUAUUUUCAACGUCUGUAAAAUAUGUAUUUUCAACAUCAGGAAAAUAAGUAUUUCAGCUUUAAUUCAGAACCAAAACUGAACCUGAUUUCAACGUUCGGAGAAUACGUAUUUUUCAAGGUCCGGAAAAGAUGCCUUUUCAAUGUCCUGGAAAAGAUGUAUUUUAAACAUACAGAAAAUACCUUUUCACCUUUCAUUGAGAACCUACAAUAAACCUAACUUCAACGUCUUUUAGACGUCUUUUGGCCAGGCUCUGGACACCGCAGGAAAAGUACAAGCAAACAGCUUCUGACUGCCUUCUAUGUAAAGAAAGGGCCCAACACACUGGUGUCAAAUUCAUCUGGACAUCUUGAGCUGUAGAAAAUAGCCAGGACGUUAUACAAGAAAUCAACCAUAUCAUCAAGUUACUCCACCAGUGACAGCGGUACAGUAGAAUGUGGACAGACAUUCAUUAGAGCAAUUGAUAGAAAGGGUCAGAGGAAUGUGUCGCCCCAGCUACCUCUGCACAGUGGCAGUGUUACUGUGCACCGACAACAGUGUGACUCAAACUGUGGUGGCUAUUUCACAUUACAAUCUGUAGUCUAGCCUGUGUAUCAACUUGCAAGCUGCUAGGAUGUAUUGUGUAUUUAAAUGCUGGUCACUUUUUAAUUAAAAAAAAAAAUCUUGUUUUUAGAGUAUAGACAAUGAAAGCAUGACAAUCUGUCAAAUGCUGUUGAGUUGGUUUGAAAUGCUGGUCUCCUGUACGUGGAUGCAGUCGGAUUCUAUAAUCAAAGUAGUGCUCAAAAUGUCACAGUGAAAUAGAGCCGUAUGGCGUCCAAGUCCAAGCCUCUAUCUAGGCAAGAUGUCAACUAUCCAUUCCACUGCAAUGAAUGUUAACAUUAUCUAUCGAAAAAACCCAGAAUUUAUUUAUAAAUUGGUCAGUUUUGUUAAUCUAAGUCCAAAUUAAAGCUUAGUCUUUGUGUGUAGUAUGUCACUGGCUUGUGUCUAACUUGUAUCCGCCAGGUUUAGAGGCUGAUGGCAUCUACAGAGUAAGUGGUAACCUUGCCACCAUCCAGAAGUUACGAUUCUUGGUUGACCAAGGUAUGUUCUGUUGUUUGAUUCACUUGUGAUUGUUUGUAUGUUAUAGUGUUUGUAUUACAGCCGCAUGCCCAAUAAACUAAUAUCGUUCUGCUCUCCCUAUUAUGGAUUAAUAGUAGUUAACUUCAUACAGUUCAGUUUCUACUGGAUAUCAUACAAUGAACACAACAGGAUUGGAUUGAGGUGUUCUUUGUGAUAAAAUCUAUACAACCGAGACUGUGCUCUGUUGAAAUCAUAGAUGAUUACUGAGUAAUUACUGAGUAAUUCCACUUUACAGCUAAAUUAUGAAUAACAGCAGAGACAUUUUCUUGUUAAAUGAAUAACUGAUCACAAGACUGUCUUUUUCGCAAAUAAAAAAAAUGAUUCCCGAAUACCUUAAGAAUGGGAUCUUUCAGAGUAAACGGAAGGAUGACAAAGCAUCCCUCAUGAGACUUCAAGUCAGGUCUGUGCCUCCAGUGAAACGCGUCUACCUACUUAAUCUGAAUUAUCCAAUGUCUCCUUGUGAGGGGCUGCUGGGGGAUUUCUCCAUCAAACUAACAAGAGAACGUUUGUCUGUUGUUUUCCAGAGCUCUGAGACGGAAGAAUAGACUGGUUGACCUUUAGACUAAUGUAUCAUUCUGGAAUGUAUUUUUCUGUCUUGAAGAAAGCUAGCAACCUUCUUAUUUAGACACACCAUUAUUUUUUAUUGUGCCCUGCAGUCCUACAGAUUAAAGAAGUGGUUUGUGACGCGGGACAUUGAGGGAAGAGUGACAUCACCAACAUUUUGCACAUUCCGAGCAUUCUGACACAGUGACACCAUGUGUCUACAUUCUGUCCCACCCAUUCCAUUUCUCCUGAAUGUGCUCCCAACCCCCAUAGUUUAUACAGAGCCAGUACAGUACAAGCUCAAGUAAGAGUGGGUUGAAAACAUUGACCAUGUAGUAGGCUACUUCGUCCUUCAGGACCGUAGAACGCAGCAGUUUCAGUUUUUCUAGUGGGUCUUUGUACCAGGACUCAGUACAAACAAGGCAACCGUGGGCUGAUUAGCAAUCCACUCAGAUGUGUCAAGUGGACGCACUGGAGAGGCUGGCUAAUUGAAAGUCUGGACUUUCUGCUGGUGAAUACGUAAAACUGGCCAGAGAAAGAGAGAAAUACCCACUCGCUUUGUCAUUUUCUGACUGUCCAACAGUCCAACACAUUGCCUUGGUUUUUGGUUGACUGAAGAUAAAGAACAUCUGGACAUAUCAAAUACAUAGACCUCAUUUCAAAACAUGAAUCAAAUCUUUCUAAGAUUAAACAUGGCGUUAUAUUCUGAUCAUGUGACAGGGUUGCCUGAAAUGAAAGAUGGCUUCAACAUAGAGCAUAAAGUGACCAUUCCACUGUCUUCAGAGCUUCAGGCCUGUCAUCUUGGGUUUGGAUCAUAGGCCUACUUCUCCUCCUGUGACAUAUUGAGCCUGGUGCCUCUGAAUCACUUAUCCACCUGAUGUCUCUGUCACUACCCAGGGAUUUGUCUGUUUUCCACCCUAUCAGAAGUAACUCAUUUCAGCAGAGGGUAUCUGUCAGUCUAAAACAGAGACACAUGUUGCUUCAUCAGACCUCUGGGUAGCUCGGAGCCUGUUAGUGAGCGCCACUGUUAGCAGGUAAACAUUAGCAUAGUAAUUAGCCCUCUCUAAUUAUCCCAAUUAAAGCUGUGUUGCUAUUCUCUCUCACCGCUCCUGUUCCUUCUCUCUCUCUCUCUCUCUCUCUCUCUUUCUCUCUUUCUCUCUCUCUCUCUGUCUCUCUCUCUCUCUCUGUCUCUCUCUCUCUCUUUCUCUCUCUCUCUCUCUCUCUCUCUCUCUCUCUCUCUCUCUCUCUCGUCUCUCUCUCUCUCUCUCUCCUCUCUCCGCUCUCUCCACGUGCCCCCUCUCUCUCCCCCCUCUCUCUCUCUCUCUACAUUCCCCUGUCUCUCCCCUCUCUCUCCCCCGCUCUCUCCCCCUCUCUUCCUGGUGAUGUCCCAGAGGUGGAGUUUAACCUGGACGACAGCCAAUGGGAGGACAUCCACGUUGUCACUGGGGCGCUCAAGAUGUUUUUCCGGGAGCUGCCAGAGCCGCUGUUUCCCUUCCCAUUCUUUGAGCUGUUUGUGGAGGCCAUCAGUGAGUAUAAAGGCCAGCUGGGUCUGCUUUUGUUUGUCAUCAGCACAUCCAUUUGA